CUCUCUCUCUCUCUCUCUCUCUCUCUCUCUCUCUCUCUCUCUCUCUCUCUCUCUCUCUCUCGCUGCAUUGGGCAUCCUUCAGCCUCCAUCGCUCCUGUAGAAGCCGUUCUCCCAGAGGCGAUCGCAGUCCUACAGCCACUAAUGCAAGCCUUCCAUGCGCCCUGAGACACUUUUCCUCUCACGCAGCUCUGAUUCUUUUAUCCUCCUCAGAAACCCAUCAGUUAGAAUUUAAUUUUGGAGGAGAAGCAUGCUUUGCGCGUUUAGGCUGUGAGAUGAAGUUGCCUCAGAAGAACUUUUGACGCAAAUCUAAUUUAUUAUCUUUCCCUUUUUUAUUUUUUUACUUGCAUCAGAAAGAGGUGCGUUCAUGACGGAAAGAAUGGCGCUGAGUGGGAACUGUAGGACUAACCCCAGAGAGCAGGCGUCAGUCCAGAACAGUUUCCCAGAUGUAGUUGAACUAAACGUGGGGGGGCAGGUUUAUUACACGCGCCACUCCACUUUGGUGGGCACCCCGAACUCGCUGCUUGGUAAGCUUUUCUCGUCCAAAAAAGAAGCGUCUAAUGACUUGGCUAGAGACCCCAAGGGGCGUUUUUUCAUCGACAGGGACGGCUUUUUAUUCCGAUAUGUUCUGGACUACCUCCGGGACAAGCAGGUCGUCCUGCCGGACCACUUCCCGGAAAAGGGAAGGCUCAGGAAAGAGGCAGAGUACUUCCAGCUACCCGACCUGGUGAAGCUCCUGACCCAGGACGACAUCAAGCACAGCCCGGAUGACUACUUCCACAGCGACCACGAGGACGGCUCUCAGGGCAGCGACCAGCGGCAGUGCCCCCCGCCCUCUCUCGUCCCAGCGGAUAGGAAGAGCGGCUUCAUCACGGUGGGGUACCGGGGCUCGUGCACCAUGGGCCGGGAGAGUCAAACCGACGCCAAGUUCAGGAGGGUACCUCGGAUACUGAUAUGUGGCAGGGUGGCCCUCGCUAAAGAAGUGUUCGGGGAGACUUUGAACGAGAGCCGGGACCCGGACAGGACUCCAGAUCGGUACACCUCCCGGUUUUACCUCAAGUUCAAACACCUGGAGAGAGCGUUUGACAUGCUGUCGGAGUGCGGCUUCCAGAUGGUGGCCUGCAACUCAUCAGUCACGGCCUCGUUUGUCAACCAGCACACGGAGGACAAGGUCUGGUCCAGCUACACGGAAUACGUCUUCUACCGUGGUCCAUCACGCUGGUCCUCUCCUCCAUGCGACUGCUGCUGCAAGCACAAGGGUGAUGGAGAAGGUGAAAGUGGCACCUCCUUCAAUGAGCUCUCCACAUCAAGCUCGGAGAGCCAGUCGGAAGCCAGCUCCCCCCAGGGAACCGUCAUCUGUGGUCCGGUUAAUCGUCAGUCACACCCUCAUGCUAAGGUUCAAACCUUGGAUAGGCCGUUGAAGAAAGGCCCUGUCACCAUGCUUCAGCAGUCUGAUCAGCGACGGAAGAGUGACUUACUGCGCACCCUCACAGCCAGCUCCCGGGACACCAGCAGCAGCAGCAGCAGCAAGAAAAGACCUGCCAAGGAGAAGCUAACUGUUGAGGAGGAGCUGGAAAAGUGCAUUCAAGACUUCCACAAGAUCAAGAUCCCAGAGAGGUUUCCGGAGAGGAAGUACAUGUGGCAGGCCGACCUACUAAGGAAGUACCGCCUUUGAGCCUAGGAUGCAUGAGGAGAGCAAACACGAGGCCAAGGAUUAGUUUACAUGGUUUUUGAUCAUGACUUUUGCAACUAAAUCACAUUUUUGGGAGAUGCUGAAAGUCACCACAGAAACUGGACUGUUCUCCUAUUGGCAAUGGUAGUUUGUAUAUUGUGUGUGUAUGUGUAGUUUAGGCCUACUGUAUACCGUAGGUAUGUGCUGUUUCUAGAUGAAUGCGUCGGUACUUUGAAUCAUUUAUCACACUGGACCAAUACAAGUGGGCCAACCGCUCAACCAUUCGAAAGCCCACGAGUGGAUGCACGUGGUGUUACUGAUGGCUAAUGGACUGCUGUAAUCUGCCAUCAUGUCAAUGAAAAAAACAAAACAAACAAACAAACAAACAAAAAAAAAAACAAUCAGAGGAGCUACGUUUCUAACCUAACAAAGAUGAACACCGAUUUAGUGUGUGAAUGUGUGUUCAUGUGCGUGCGUGUGUUUGCACCCAGGUGGCCUGGAGGUCACAGAUAAAUCUACAUCGGGACUCAUUAAUAAUUCAUGCAGUUCCAACAGCGCUCUCUCCAUAAAUACACCAAGAGAUCUCAGCUGCCACUGUGGCAUAAGCAGCUGGGUUGAUUACUUUACUUUGAGGAAGCAUUUGGAGACUUUUAAGGCAGGAGGAGGCACAGAUUCAUCAGCAUCUCAACUAAGUCCCUCCUCUGGAAAUGUUGGGUUGCAAAUGUGUCCCAGCAGUGUCAAACGGCAGCAGCCUGCUUUGAUUUGUGCCAUGCCACCUAGACGCUGAGCAACAUUUAGCUAGAAAAGGAACAGAGAAAAUAACUAAAGUAAAAAAUAAUGACCAGGCAAAGAACUGCAUACUUUUUUCCAUCACACACAUUCACAUAAACAGAUGCUGACAAUCAUCAAUCAUACGAUGAUUUAAGCCAUAUGCAAAAUUACAUCUACAAUACAGAUGGCAUGAGGCAUCUUCAAAUCUGCCAUCGCAAUUGGAGGCUUUCAAAACUGACUGCUGACAAAGUGAUCAAUAGUUAUCGAUAAUGGGUCUGACGAUGGAGCUGAUGUAUGUAGUUCUUGUUUACAGCUACUAAUGAAGCGUAUGGGUUCCUGACAACGACAAGCAGCUCACUUAUUCAGUGUAAAUUAGCCAUCAUCCAUGUAUUGAUUCAUAUUGUCCCGGAUCUUUUAGAGUUAGAUAAAUGUAUUGCAACAUGGCUACAGAAACAAAAAUGGCAGACUGCUCUUCAAAUAGAUUACAGAUCAUGAAAGCAAAUUAAUUUCCUCUGUAGAGGAUCUCCUCGACGUGUUGGCUGCAAAAUAAAUUACUGUCAGAGUACACGGCAAUUUGUUUCAAGGUUCUAAUUAAAUGAUUUCAACUGCAAAAGGACAUAAAACAUCUAAUUAUGGUGAAAUUACAAGACAUUCCUUGUUCUGAUUUAUGGAAAACAUUCAAAAGACUUUAGCAAAAUGACUUUUUUUAAACAUGGUUAAACACUGAGGACAGUCUGUUGGCACAAUUCUAAAUUAAAAUACAACUUUAUACAGACGUUAGUGUAACAAAGUUUUGAUGUUUUCAAUUUCCUGAUAAAAGCCUGAAGUUUAGAGGAGCAGAGAGGAAGUUGAUUAUGCCAAAUCUAUCUGCUUUUUUAGUAGAGCACUUUGGAUAACUGUGACUUGAAUAAAUAAAUGUCCCCACCGAUCACGAGAGUCGCUAGAUCUCAGUAUGUCCUAAAAAUUAAAAGAUGCAUUUUAACAGCAAAUAUGUAAUUUUACCCUGGGUCAUAUGUGAAAUCUCUAAAAGUGAACAGAACAGGAUUGGAUGGGUAAAUAAUAUUUUAGUUCAAAAUAGGUGCUGUAGAUAUUUGUUAUGUCCUUCAUUUAUCCAUUAGUUUUAAACAUAAUAUGCAGCCUGGGUCGGAUUAAAAAGUUGAGGAAAAGAUUCAUAAAAAUAUGAAAAAAGAAAUUAAGUGCAAAGAAGAAAUUAAAAGAGCUCAAGAAAUCCAAAUGCAGAUAUGAAGUCAGAAUGUCCUUGGAAGCAAUGCCUACAAAAAUAGGAGUGGUUUAAAAUGUUUGCACAAUACUAUGUGAACUGUGUGAUAUAGUAUAAUACAGUUAACUGAUAAGUGCUGAAUUUAGCAAUUAAACAUCUUGCUGUCCUUUUUAAGCUAAAUUAAAAUCAUACAGUAAUAGUAAAAAAUAAAAACCCCAUUAUGCAUAUAAUACAUUAUUUAUUUUAAAAUAUUAUCUUCCUAUAAAUAUUAAUUAAAAUGUUUUAUCAUAGUUAUUUUUAUAUCUAAAGUCUUAUAAUUUAAUGCAUAGUAAUACAAGCCCCUUUAAUGUCAAUAAAAUCCAUUUCCUGUGGGAGAAAUCCACAGACAGCUGGAUCCAUUGGGACCCAUUUAUCUGCAAAGGUUCAUUAUAGGAAAACCAUAAAGUUUAGGAGACACAAAGCAACCAUUCUCCUUCUGUCAGACACCAGGAAUAUGACUUAUUUUUCUACACUGUUGUAAAUUUACAUUUUAAUCUAUUGCAUUGGAUUAGACUAAAACAGUUAAUCCACAUCUCAUAUUUUAUGUAAAUAAACCCCAUAAAUCGUACUCAAGCAAAAUAAUGUAUUAUAUUUUACGUUUGCAGCAUUCAAAUCCACAAGGCUUGUUGUGACUGAUGAAGUAAUUUGCUACUUUUAUAUUACGUCCUGUUUUGUUUAAUAAUUUUGGGCAAUAAAAGAUAGAGAAAGAUACUCCAUAUAUUACAAAGCACUGACAGGAAGUGGAUAGUCAGCAUAUUGGUCUCUCAGGGCUGCAGAAGCAAAGAUAUUUAAGACAAAAAAUUUAAACGCAAAGGGAAUUAUUUAAGGGUGUGAAAAAGAUGUUUGGCAAAAAAAAAAAACCUCACUGAAGCUUCCUGUCGGAACAAUAAAGAUUACACAACAACAAGGCAUUGUUGAUAUGAAUGAAUCUCUGAUGGGAGGAGUUUAUGUCACAUGUUGUGCACAUCAUUUUUUUUAACUUACCAAAUCAAAUAAAGUAAAUUAUGAUUUCUUCUCUGAUAGAUGAAGUUUAGUCCUUGGUAAAAUCAACAUUAGCUUUCCAUUUGACUUCUCAGGCAAAUUAAUGCAAAUAAAAAAACUUAGCUUAUGGUUAUACGUUGUAUUAAAACAGCUAUAAUUUGUAAAUGUAACAUACAAUUCAUUAUUAAUGUAGUACUGCAGUCUCACAGUAAAGCUUUAUGAUUUAAAAAUAAAAUAAAAUAUUCAUGAACAUAUUCAGAUUAAUUUCAUUAUUUUUAUGUUCUGUUUGCUUAUAACCGUGAUUAAAGUUGACAGAUGUGACGAUGAUUUUUCAAUUUAUUUGGCAAUUUGAUGUAUAUUUAACAACUACGUGGCACUUUUAAAUUGUUAACAUUCAGCACUUUUACCGUUACACUAUUCAAUUCAGAUUCUUAUUAAUAGUAAUAAUAAAUAAUAAUAAUAAAAACAGAAACAAUAAUCAAGAAAAGCUGGAGCUUAUGGACUGUUUUGGAGCUGUUUACAAGUUCAGAGUACCAUGACCUAGAUCAGUGGUUCCCAACAUAGGGUCUGCCACCCCUUAAGGGAGUCACUAGAGAUCACAGGGAGUCCAUACAAUCUUGUCUGUGCUUAGGUUGUGAGGUUACCAAAAUUAUAUACAAAUUAUGUUAUAUACAACACCUUUUUUUUAAAUAAAUGUUUGUAAUUCAUUUAUUUUAAUAUAUGUGUGCAGGUAGCGAUUGGGCUGGGGUGCCAGGCUUGUCUUGGACCUCAAGGAAAAGAAGCUGGGAACCACUGAACUAGAUAGAAUCAAGACCUUCAGUUUAAUGGUUGAUCUCAUUUGUAAAGCAUCUGUCCUCCAUAACUCCUACAUUUCCUCACAACUCAAACAAAGCCAUCAAUCAUUUUACGGCCAUGGUAGCAAAACAUGAAAAUACAUUUUUACAGCAAAUAGAGACACCUGCCGCUGUGAUGGACUGGCAUACUGUCCAAAGUGUACAUGUGUGUGUGUGUGUGUGUGUGUGUGUGUGUGUGUGUGUGUGUGUGUGUGUGUGUGUGUGUGUGUGUGUGUGUUACAGUGUAACAGCUACUGCACAAAAAUUUUUAGACAAUGUGUUUUCAUAAUCAGAUAUUUUCUCUUAACAUUUUUAAAAUAAGCAAAUUACGUAAAUUGUUAUCUGAAAAUACAGGAUUACAACCUUUACUUUUGAUUAUGUUCACAUUUUCUGCAGCAGAAUGAUGUUCUUAUGUCCCGAUCUGAAGAAAGUAAAGGUUCUGUACACCUAACACACACCUGGGUCAAUGAACCCAAUUGGCUUCAAUCCAAAUUGAGACUGAGGAGCAGACGAUUUAGAAGAUAAAAUCAUAUGGAACUAAAUGUAAUCAAACAAAAAUGAACCCAAAAAACAUAUUUCUGACAUUAUUCAUCUCAAUAACACCACGUUUAAAUGUUUCACACUCCACCAGCUAGUGGAAACUGUGGACUUCAAGCGUGGUCAUUAGGGAUGCAGUUACAGUUGGUUGGUUUGGUCCGAAGCACAGAUGAAAUGUUACAGGACUGCCUGCAGUUUACUUUUAUUUAUUUAUAGUUUAACCCAAUCUUUGGGUUUUUUUAUGGCUCCUUCAAGUGUUAGCUAAAUUAAAAAUAAGCACAACCCGUUAUCACUGUUAAAGGUUCAUGAUAGUCCAGAGCAGGGGUGCCUCCAGAAAAGUUUAAUAGGGGUGGCCAGACGGGGCCAAAUACAUUUUUGGGGUGGCACACCAAAUUGGUCCUUGUGGUAACUCUGGGAGAGUUUAGCCAGUGGCUAUGUAUUGCAUUGCUCCUUUAUUCAUUUUUAUUUAAAAAAAAUUCAUAUGUAUCAAAAACAUUUAACUUAAUCUUUUCAAACACAAACGUUUCAGAAAAAUACAUUUUAGUUAUUUAAAAUGUUCUUUCAAAUUUUAUUUUAGAGUGUUUUUUUUAGUUUAACUCACCUGUUGAUGUGUUCACAAAAAACUAUGGAGAUAAAAACUUUUUUUUAAAUGGUGAGCAGUAGAAUCAUUUUUUUUAAAUCUGAUUAUUUCUUUACUCAUUAAUUGUAUUAUUUUAAUUAUGUUUUACAAUUAUGUCUUGAAUAAAUAAGAUCAACUUGUGGUUUCAGCGAACAUUAAUAUUAAUAUGAUUUAUGAACACUGACUUUUGGGUGCGCAAUUGGUCCAGAGACAACUAGUGCACCACCUACUUAUAUAUUUUUUCUGUCAUUAUUAGUGAGUAUGUAAGCUGAUGCUCUUGUGUUUGCUUGAUUAUGCUUGUCCUUUAAAAAAAUUGUAGUUUUUUUUCCCAGGAUUAUACAGAAAGGUUGUCCAGCCAAAUGUGGAGCCGAUUGGAAACUGAAUAAUGAAAACCAAGACACCUGGUGGCCUUCUAGAGUAGUCUACAGCUGUUUUUGCACAAUGUCUGUAAAAUAACAGAGAUACACAAACAACAAAGUAUUUAAAAUAAAGAAAUUAAUAUAUUAAUCAACCCAAAAGUAACACGUCUGUCUUAAAGCUGUUGUUUCGAAGGUUAACAGGUUUCAGUAUCAGAGUGCAUGAGAUGAUUUAAAACUAUUUUUGCCUGAUAAAGGAUGACAAAGGAUGGUGUAAAUCAGUAAAUAACACACACAAUUUUGUUUUGAGACACAUGUGAUGUGAGACAUAAAAGAAAGAACAGAGUCUGCUCAUUUUUCCUUCCUUUAUUGUGCUCCGAUUUCCAGUUUCUGACUGAAUUUCUGUCCUGAGUUUAUAACAGAGGUCUGUAAGUGAGUCCCACGUACUUGACUGGAGCCCUCGUUAUUUUUCUUCUGCUUUUCGUUGAGUCUGCCAACCACAAAAAGGAAAGCAAGGCAGACCUAGAAUCCACUGUUUCAAACUAAAAGGGUAUCUGUUUUGACGUGCGUUCAUGUGACACACACAAAAAGUACAAAAAAAGCAACAAAACAUUGUGAGCAUGUUGGUAUACAAAAUUUAUGACAGAUGUUAUUCAGUCCUUUCUUGUGAAAAAGAUUGUUAAAAUGAAUAUUUGACAGAAAAAAGAAAACGUUAAAAAAAGAUAAGCACAAAUAUGUUGAUAGUUACUGUCCUACGGAAGCACAUUACUGUCAGGGUGAGGAAAAAUAUAGAAGAAGUAACUCGUAAUAAGAGUUAAUUGUAUAAAUCUUGUUGUAAUGAGAAACCUGUUUGUAAUAAAGACAUAAAAUUGUUUUAAUGAGGAAGUUUGCCAGAAUAAUGUGUUUAAUAUCUUGCAAUAACUAGAUAGUUAAUCUCGUCUAGAAGAAACGGAGGUAGACGAUGGAGUCAGAGAGAGCCUUUUUAAAGAGCAAUUCACCCCCUACCAGAAUCUUACUCCACUCCCACUUCCUGUUUGAAAAAUGCAACAAAUGCUGUUGCCUGGCAGGCUGAGAGGGCGGAGCUGCUAACAAACACACAAACACACACAUACACACACACAGACACACACACACACACACACACACACACACACACACACACACACACACACACACGCUCACAACAACAUUGUGACAUCAUAACGCACCAGCUAAUGUCAUACGGUACCUCUUAGCCAAUAGCGAUGGCAGAUUUAAAUUAAAAUGCAGUCCAGAAUUUUUACUUGAAGAGGGCGCAACACAAUUUUAGGCAGAAAAUGUAAACUUUUACAAAGAUGCCCUAACGUGCCAAAUUAUUGACUAUACCUAUUUAUGUAGUUUAUCAGCAAAAGAAAAAAGUUGAUUUUGGGGUGACUUGCCCUUUAAGAAGCAGGGAUUUGUCACAGGAAUGUAUUCCUCCACAUUUUGGUCAAGCUCUUUCCUCCACAAAAAAAAAAACAGACCUCACAUAGAUUCCUUGUCCAAACAAAUUUAAAAUACUUCCACUUUCUAGUUAAGAUGCAACUUUCAAGGUAAAAGUUGGCAUCCUGUUUGUGCUUUCACAUUUAAAAACAUUUGAACCUUUUUAUAAAAAAAAACCCUUCAAAAAGGAUGUCCUAAAAUUACAAACACAACCUCUUACUAUUAAAAGCUGUCAGUCUGUUGCCUUGGUAAUGGAGUGUGUGUGAUGAAAAUGGAUGUAAUUUUUUUGAGGGUAGGGGGGAUGGGGAAACUUGUCCCCCCCCCACUUUUUCUAAAGUCAAGGUUUGACUUCGGCACUUUUUACCAUCCAAAUACAAUGUUACACUAUAUUAAAUAGACACUGGUUGAGUGCUAUGACCAAGCAAAAAACAACCGUUUGUGUUGAAGCCCGUUUCCCAUUAUAAUAUACUGUAAGGACCCCCCCCCCCCCAUGCCGGUUGUGUCCCCCCUACUUCUGAAGUCAAAGCAACAACAUACUACCAUUUGACCUUUACAACCUUUCUCGUUAUUACGAGAUAUUAAACACGUUGAUUUGAGAAACAUUCUCGUUAAAACAUUUUUGUAUGUUGGUAUUUCGAGAAAGUUUCUCAUUUAAAUGAGAUUUAUAUCUUCAAAAUGAGAAACUCAUGUUAUUACGACUGAUCCUGUAUUUUUUCCUCACAUUGACUGCAAUAAACUUCCAUACUGUUCCUCCACAAGUGUACAAAAUUAAAACUCUGCAAUGUGACCAAGUUCUUGCAACACAAAGCAACUCUCAGAAAAGAUGUGUUACAUCACAGAUCAUUCAAAUAUUAAAUAAUAUUUGGGAAACUGUAGCAUCACAGAAGUAGAGUUUUUUUUUUUAUCAGAUGAAAAUUCAUCAAAUCAGAAUUUAUUUUCAGGACGCUGCACUGAGAGUUGCUUUGUAUUCCAGGUGUAUUUUUUUGUUUCUGUCUGCCUUUAGAGAAAAUGCAAUUCAUCUGAGAGUCUUUAGAUACAAAGCUUAUAGUCAAUUUGAAAAUGUAUGAGUACAACCAAUAAACAAGACAAAGAAAACACCAACCUGUGAGUUAAUUUGCGUUCUUAAAAAAUAAUGAAUGUAUCUUCAUGCGAUAGUUAUAAUGAUGGAAAACAUGGCCAAUCAAAAACACCAUUUAUGUAUUUUGUUGUGAUGUUUCCAUAAAAUGAUCCCCUCCUGACAGUGUC